CAUUCUCAAAUGAGAAUGCGCGCUCCUUGCGUGAGAAGGUGCGCGCGCUUCAGGGGCUGCGGUCCCAUUGACGGUUCUACAUCUCCGUGACAGCAGCAGCAUCAGCAUCAGAGCGCGGCAGUGGUGUAAAACAAGGAGCCCACCUAGCCAGCGUUCCAGACUGGGCAGCGGUAGAGAAACAUCGCUCUGCGUUGAACGAAGCUAGCUUCACCAGGGGGCCGAGUAGCCUAUCAUUCUCUGCCGGAGACAUGGGCUCCCCGUAACUGGAGGUGGAGGGGAGAGGAGGGCGGGUGGGGGGUGGGGGGGAGAAGAGAAAAGAGCGAGAGAGAGGAAGAGAGAGAAAAAGAGAAAAGGCGACUAGGAACCGAAGAAGCACUCCCACCGUGGGUGCCUGCCACCAUGGGAGCCUUGCAUCACUUGCCCGAGCCGUUGCUUCGUCCAUGGGCCAUGUCGUGAUCCGUGGGCACAGCCAGCGGGAUUUCUGUCAGUGAUCCUAGCCGCCAAAGAGAGGGGGAGAAGAUGUCCGCCUCGGUGGGCCCUCCGGGCGGCGCGCGUCCACCCGUCGUGCCGGCGUCCAUGCCCGAACCGGACCUGAGCCAUCUGACGGAGGAGGAGAGGAAGAUCAUAAUGGCCGUGCUAGCUCGACAGAAGGAGGAGGAGGAGAAGGAAGAGGCCAUGUUAAAGGAGGAGAAGCCCAUCCAAGCAAGAACUGUGAACCUGGUUGGGCAGAAGAAGCCUCAGCAAAACGAUGUCCGAGGUAUCCAGCAGCAGAUGUCGAGCUACAGGGAGACGGUGCGGCGGGUGGGGGAGGAGACGCGCCGGCAGACCACCACGGGCCAGCACCGGGACGACGCACCCACCUGUGGCAUCUGCCACAAGACCAAGUUUGCUGACGGCUGUGGCAGCCUCUGCUCUUACUGCCAGACCAAGUUCUGUGCCCGUUGUGGAGGGAGGGUGUCCUUACGCACCAACAGUGAGGACAAAGUGGUGAUGUGGGUGUGUAAUAACUGCCGUAAGCAGCAGGAGAUCCUCACUAAGCCAGGGGAGUGGUUCUCAGGUCCAGGGAAGCCAGGUCUAGGCUCAGGCAUCAGUGACCCGGCCAUUUGUGGUCUGAACCCCGGUGACAAGAAGCUCCGUUCCCACUUCCAAGUCCCCCUGGGGCCCCUCGACCCCAAUCACCCCGGUGACCCAGGACUGGCACCCGGAAUGGACCCCCGCUCACGUAGCGAGCCGCCGAGAAAGCCGGGCGAUCAGAACAUUAAAGGUCGAGGUGAGCGUCGGCCGGGUCACCCCAGACUCCAUACCCAGGUGUCAGUGGACCGGGACCAAUGGGAGCGGGACCGGAGGGAGGGCCGGCGGCUGAGUAAGGGCCGCUCUCUGGAACAUGAUCCUGUGGGGGUCCCCCGAUGGACAGAGGAGGGCUACCACAUAGACCCCCACGCCCCCCAACAUUUAGCCCAGCCCCAGCCAGGGGAGCCACUGGGGGGCAGGCACCCUCUACAGCCCCAGGGGCGAGGCAGGGGGGUUGGGAUGGGGAUUGGGUUUGAGAGUGUUGGGGGCAUUGGGGGCCAGCCCGAGGCUAUGCUGGACCAGAGGACGGUGGUGGGGGGCACUAGGGGGCCACAGGGCCUCGGCCCUCCACAGCUCCAGCCCCCAGAACUCAGGGAGCCCCCUGGGACAGCCCCAGGCCUCGGUCAGGAUCCGCUCCUGCGCCGGUCCAAACGGGACAAGGCUGAGAGCAUGCUGCGCAAUGAUUCGCUCAGCUCGGACCAGUCAGAGUCUCUGCGGCCGCCCCCGCCACGGCCGUACAAGUCAAAACGUGGCGGUGCCGGGAAGAGACAGACAUCUGUCAGCAGCUCAGAGGAAGAGGGAGGGACCACGCCGGAGUACAGCAGCUGUGAGGACGCCGAGAUUGAGAGUGUCAGCGAGAGAGGUGGGAGAGGUAAGAGGAGAGGGGACUGGGAGUGCUACCCGCUGGACCCCACUGUGUGGCAUCAUCCGGUGACAUGGCAGCCAUCCAAAGAGGGUGACCAUCUAAUUGGCCGAAUCACCCUGAGCAAGAGGAGUGCUAUGCCCAAAGAGGCCGGAGCACCGCUGGGGCUGAAGGUGGUUGGGGGAAGGGUCACAGAGGCAGGUAGACUGGGAGCCUUCAUCACUGUAGUCAAGAAGGGCAGUCUGGCCGACAUCGUGGGACACCUUCGAGCAGGGGAUGAGGUUCUGCAGUGGAACGGCAAGAUGUUGCCAGGAGCAACCCAGAAAGAAGUUUAUAAUAUCAUUCUCAAUUCCCAAGCAGAACCUCAAGUGGAACUAGUGGUGUCCCGGCCCAUUGGUGAUAUCCCAAGAAUCCCAGACACGUCCCACCCUCCAUUAGAAUCUACAGGUUCCAGUUCAUUUGAGUCCCAGAAGAUGGAGCGGCCAUCUAUAUCGGUCAUGUCCCCCACCAGUCCCAGUACACUUAGAGACCACCCACAGCUAAUGCCUGGACAGCUUGCAGUACUGCCCGGACAACUUUUAGUCAAGCUGUGGUAUGAUAAGGUGGGACACCAGCUGAUUGUGAACGUGGUACAGGCUACAGAGCUGCCUCCCCGCCCGGAUGGGCGUCCCAGAAACCCCUACGUCAAAAUGUACUUCCUGCCAGACCGAAGCGAUAAGAGCAAGCGGAGGACUAAGACAGUGAAGAAGAGUGGAGAGCCAAAGUGGAACCAGACGUUUGUGUACUCCCACAUCCACCGCAGAGACUUUCGCCAACACAUGCUAGAGCUGACCAUGUGGGACCAGCCUCGCUUACCUGACGAGAAUAGCAUGUUCAUGGGAGAGAUCCUAAUAGAGCUGGAGACAGCCCCGUUGGAUGACAAGCCUCACUGGUACAAGCUGCAGACCCACGACGUGUCGUCUAUCCCCCUGCCCUGGCCAUCCCCUUACAUGCCCCGCAGAAACACAGACACACCCAGCAAGAAGCUGCAGCGUUCUCAGCGUGUUAAAGAGCCUGAAUACGAUGACACUGGACCUAUGUCUAAAGCUGCCGAGAGGGGAUCGCGGGAGAGGGGGAGGCAGCAGAAGGAUCCCCACGCCACCACUCUGGAGGUGCCAGAGCAGAAGAGGACACCCCAGCAUCGCUCUCGAUCUGUCUCUCCUCACAGAGAGGAACAGGGCAGGGGGCGAUCACGACCCGCCAAUGUCCCCACCCAGAGGAGUUUGGAUGAUGAGAUCCACCAUAGUAGGAGGUCUCGUUCUCCCACCCGCUACUACGACUCUACCAGAGGACACUACCAGGAGCAGGACUAUGUAGAUGACAGUGAGGUCAUCCUGAUCCACCAGUCAAUGCGAGGCAAAAGUGCAGAAUGCCUACACACUGAAAGUUCCACACUGCCUGCAUGUCUAAAGACUGGCUCGAUGGUGCGUUCCAGCGUUGUCACGGCAAUACGCAGCUCUUUCACACACCGUGUUCUCAGGUUUACAGACGAGAUCACCGUUAGUGAUCUACAUACCUCUCUGGACAGGGUUAAGACUAGGAGUGCUAGCACCAACUGUCUGAACCCAGAAAGGAACCAUAGUGUUCCUUCACCAGAUCCCCAAAGCUGCUCCCAGUCUCUGCCCCGCAGACGCCCCGCCAGCCCCAGGAUUCUAAUCCAACACGCCUCCCCAGAAGACGACAGCAAAUGGAUGAUGGAACCUCUAGUACCUAGACAGGAGACAGUUAACCACCUCAGUGCAAAGAAGAGGCAAACUCGGAGCCUGGACUCAUCCACCUGUCACACUCUGGGCAAGAAGCUCCCUGACAACGACAGGGGCCACCUCCAAGGUGGUGCGUCUCUGUCCUCCUCAGUGAUGUCCUCGUCAGCAGCUCGCAGGGUCAGACAACUCCCACAGGUCCCAGACAAGAGCAGCAGCCCCGUAGAGCAAGCCCUAGCAGCAGAGGAGCGUGUUCGUCAGCUCCAGAUGAAGGUGCAGCAGAGGGACUCCUAUAGGAGUUCUGCUGCUCCGUCCACUUCUAGCAGGGACGUGGAGAGGGUGCUCAAGAGCAAACGCGAGGUCAGUCACCUGUCACUUGAGCUGUAUAAGGACCAGAGGAGAACCAGCUGUGAGAACGUAUCCCGCAAGUCUUCAGAAAGUGAUGUCAGCGACGUGUCAGCCAUCUCUCGCACCAGCAGUGCCUCCCGCAUCAGUAGUACCAGCUACAUAUCCAUCCAGUCAGAGAGACCCCGGGGACGCUUCAACAAGGCGAUGCGUGCGUCAGGCCGCAGCAUGUUGAAGAGCACCAGUGUGAGUGGUGAGAUCUAUGGCAUUGAGCACACGGAUGGCAGCCAAUCAGAUACAGCAUUGGGCGGGGGCAAGAAGCGGCGCUCCAGCCUCAGCCAACGGGUUGUGGCCAUUGUAGGCCUGCCCUCCAGACGCAGCUGCAGCACCUCACAGCUCACCUCCCAGAAAGUGGUGGUGGAUACUAAGAAGAAGGGCAAAAAAAAGAACAAAAUUCAGAUCCAGCGGAGUACAGAGGUGGGCAUGGCUGUAGAGUACCCCCGCUCUGCCAUGAACCGCCAGGCCAGCAGAGACUCCACUGACGGGAGCAUGAACAGCUACAGCUCUGAGGGGAAUCUAAUCUUCUCGGGGAUGAGGCUGGGGGUUGACAGUCAGUUCAGUGACUUCCUGGAUGGCCUUGGCCCCGCCCAACUGGUGGGCCGGCAAACAUUAGCCACACCCGCCAUGGGAGAUGUUCAGAUCGGAAUGAUGGACAAAAAAGGCCAGCUAGAGGUGGAGGUGAUUAGAGCACGUGGCCUUACCCCCAAACCAGGGUCCAAAUCACUCCCAGCACCCUAUGUCAAGGCCUACCUGCUGGAUAACGGAGCCUGUAAAGCCAAAAAGAAAACCAAGAUUGCACGUAAAACCCUGGAGCCCCUCUACCAGCAGGCCCUGCUGUUUGAGGAAAGCCCACAGGGGAAAGUCCUCCAGGUAAUAGUCUGGGGCGACUACGGGCGACUGGAUCACAAAUGCUUCAUGGGAGUUGCACAGAUCCUAUUGGAGGAGCUGGACCUCUCCAGCACAGUGAUUGGCUGGUACAAAUUGUUUCCUCCUUCCUCAUUGGUGGACCCUACCUUAGCCUCGCUUACGCGGCGGGCAUCCCAGACAUCCCUGGACAGCUCAGGACCAGCUGGUAUGCGCUCUUAGUGACCACAACGCAACCACAACCCCAAAUGGACAACAACCAAUGGACCACAACUGACCAGAGUGCAUGACCACAUCCCUAGGGCCACGAUAAACCUUAAGCAAAUCAAAGCCAGACAGAUAGAGAUAUACAGAGAAAGAGAGGGAGAGCGAGAACUAGCCAAUCAAAGUUUAGCUGAAGUCAGACAAUCAUUUCCCAUGCCUCCCUCCUUCUGUCUUCUCUCCUUUCUCUGGGCUGCUAGGCCUUGCUCCUGAGUCUCACCUCUUCUAUUUCUCAUCCCUCCUUUUAAUGUAUCCAUCCUCCUCCUCUCUGACAUCUCCUGUUUUUUCCUCUCUUUCUCCAUUCCUCCUCUCCCUCCGUUGAGUGUGUUAUGGCUUGUGCUCCUGAGAUUGAAGGGACUCAUGCAGCCCACUCUGUUAGGGGGCACAAGGGAUGUCAGCCCAGGCUUGGUGUAGCCAAUCAGUGAAUGGGUUAUUUUGAGGCCAUAAAGAGUGUGCAGGAGACAAAGGAAAAGGUUGAAGAUACCCUGCCGACAGCUGCCCAUCCAAAUGCGUUUCAGCAUUGAGGUCGUCAUGGCAUUGCUAUAUCUGUGAGGAUUGGCGUGAUUGCACAACCUGUUAGCGGAGGGAGACUGCACAGGUGAAGACAAUACUUGUUCUAAGAUCAAAGCAAGCACAAAAGCUUGAUUCUUUUUCAGACAACAAAUGGUUGCGAAAGAGAAAAAAAGGGCCAAAUUAUGGUUAGAUCUAUUUUAUUCCAUAUUCUAUUUGCCUAGAGUUGAGAAUGUUGAGAAUGUGGUGCAGACGCCCUGUGUGCAUAUUUGGUUUCGAGUGACGGUGGUCUGCAGACCAGCAGAGGUCUCGUCACCCCCGGCGAGUGUGGCGGGCGCAGCAUGACUCGGGACCCCGGCCCAAGCUGCAUGCACAUUUUUUUGUAAAACAAAAGCCAGACGAAUUACUUAAAAAGAGACUAGACUAAAUGUGUGUUAGUUCCACAUACUUUAGGCCAGCUUGUAUGUUGCAUGUACUUGUACAGUUUGCUCGUACUGAAUAUGAAUACAAACAGAAAAGCCAUCCGCCAUCCAAGGGCGGACACCGGGGGAAUAAGCUCCGCCCAGGCCACACCUCCCACUCUGCGUAUGAAUAUCCAUAUUAGGAAGUCUCCAAAAUACUUUUUUCUUUUCUUGUGUUCCUUUUGAACCCUUUGGAGAACAGUGCUGUGUCGUAGUACUGAGCAAACUGACUAUCUGAGGAGCUAGGUGUUUUAACUAUAGUCUUUGGCAGUGGGGCUAGGUAGAGAAUGUGUGUAUAAAAACAGAGAUUAAUGUAAAUGAAGUAUAAUUAUGACAUAAAUGAUAAAAGAUAUAGAUAUAUAUGAUUAUCAAAUGAGUGUAUCUGACUAUACAACUAUCACCUAUAAACACACACACACGUUGUAAAUACGAGUCAGGGGGACGAUAUUUACACACACAAAACGAUCCAAACAUUCCUAGUCCUAUGGAAACAGAUCUGAGCCCCUUGCCCUGUGCUUUGAGAGCCGCUGAGCGGUGCCCAACCACAAGGGGGAGCCAGCAGACCUUUCAGUUUCUCCUCAUAGCAGCCAAAACCAACAUGACUAUUUGCAACACAUGCCACCUUGUUUCUUUAACCGCAAAACUUUAAUCCCCGUAUUUGAUCAUGGUUUGGACUGAAUUGAAAAACCCAUAAAGGUUUUGUUAGCUGACGUUUCAGUUGAACCUCUUGCGGUGCGGCCCACUGCCCUUUCCUUUGUCGGUAUUACUCCACGAUACUGAUUGUUUACAGUCCAUGAGUUUCCACUCAAAACACCAUAUCUAGGAAAGAAGUAUUCACUUCAACAUUUCUUGUUUGUAUAACAGAUGUGGCUCUACUGAUGUGUAUGUUUUAUAUUCAAGAGUUCAUUUUUAUUAUUUACAAAUAAAAGACUGUGGAAGAA